UCGUUCGUUUGUGAGUCCGGAGUAAGUUUCUCGACGAGGAAGAAGGAAGAAAAGCCACGGCGAGUCUCGAGGAGGAGGAGGUAGAGGUAGCGUCUUCGCGAUUUUGUAAGCUCUUCAUGCGCCGGGCUAUUUUAACGAGGCGAGGAUUUCCGUUUCUACAGUUGUUUUGGUUGCGGAAUUGAGCCGCUGUCGAGUGCAAGAGGCGGAGAUUUGGUCCAGUUUUGGAGGUUUUGUUUGGAGGAGGAGCCAUGGGGGGAAGCGUGAACAUGGAGGUGGGAGCGGACGGAGUGGCCGUCAUCACGAUCCAGAACCCGCCUGUUAAUUCCUUGGCCAUCGACGUGCUGUUGGGUUUGAAGGAGAAGUACGUUGAAGCAGCGAAAAGAGAUGACGUCAAGGCCAUUGUUGUGACAGGGGCCAAUGGAAAAUUUUCGGGCGGUUUUGACAUUACAGCUUUUCCAAAAAUCCAGCAGGGCGGUUCCAACGGUUAUCUGAGCAAAGUAUCAACGGACCUUAUGAUAGAAACAAUUGAAGAGGCCAGCAAGCCCUCAGUUGCUGCAGUAGCGGGGCUGGCACUUGGUGGUGGUUUGGAAUUGUCAAUGUCAUGUCAUGCACGCAUUGCAACCCCAAAAGCACAGCUUGGAUUACCUGAACUUCAACUGGGCAUCAUACCUGGUUUUGGUGGAACGCAGCGCUUGCCUCGUUUGGUUGGUUUAACCAAGGCCAUCGAAAUGAUGUUGCUAUCAAAACCCAUAGCGUCAGAGGAAGGCAAGCAGCUUGGGCUUAUUGAUGAGAUUGUGUCUCCAAAGGAUCUUUUGGUCACUGCACGUCAAUGGGCACUUGAUAUUGCAUCAGGAAAAAAGCCUCGACUAUCUUCUUUGCAUCGUACGGACAAGCUAGAGUCCUUGGGUGAAGCUCGAGAAAUCAUUAAGUUUGCCCGCGCUCAAGUGAAAAGAACUGCUCCCAACUUAACUCAUCCUUUAUUGUGUCUUGACGCUGUCGAGGAAGGAGUAAUUGCUGGUGGCUAUGCUGGCAAUCUGAAGGAAGCUGAAGCAUUUGCAGCUGCAGUGGUCUCAGACAACGCCAAGGGUCUUGUGAAUGUAUUCUUUGCUCAAAGAGCCACCACCAAGGUGCCUGGAAUUGCGGAGUUGGGUUUAAAGCCAAGGAAGAUACAAAAUGUUGCAGUUGUUGGAGGAGGGCUCAUGGGUUCAGGAAUUGUCACUGCAUUAGUACUCAGUGGAUACUCUGUCAUUUUGAAGGAGAUCAACGACAAGUUUUUGCAGGCAGGACUUGGACGCGUCAAAGCAAAUCUUCAGAGCCGUGUCAAGAAAGGUAAAAUGUCGCAGGAGAAAUUUGAGAAGACAUUGUCACUUGUGAAAGGUGUCUUGACCUAUGACGUCUUCAAGAGUGUGGAUAUGGUGAUUGAGGCUGUGAUUGAAAACAUUGACCUUAAGCAAUCAAUAUUUGUCGAUUUGGAGAAGAACUGUAAGAAUGACUGUAUCCUAGCUACUAAUACAUCCACAAUAGAUCUCAAUCUUGUGGGUGCCAAGACACGCUCUCAAGACCGCCUCAUUGGUGCUCACUUUUUCAGUCCUGCACAUAUUAUGCCGCUAUUGGAGAUAGUGCGGACCGACAAGACGUCACCGCAAGCCAUAGUGGAUCUCAUGGCUUUGGGGAAAGCUAUUAAGAAGACGCCAGUUCUUGUUGGGAAUUGCACUGGUUUUGCUGUGAAUCGGGUCUUCUUCCCGUAUACCAUGGCAGCCAUGAUGCUCUCGGAUCUCGGAGUUGACAUUUACCGUAUAGACAAUGCCAUCAAAUCAUGGGGCAUGCCGAUGGGACCAUUUAGGCUUACAGAUUUGGUCGGUUUUGGAGUUGGGGCUGCAGUUGGUGCUCAGUUUGUGAAGGCUUUCCCUGACCGCGUGUAUGUUUCUAAGUUGCUUCCACGAAUGUUGGAAGCUCAACGCUUGGGAGAACAAAAUCGAAAAGGAUUUUACGUGUACGAUGAGAAGCGAAAGGCUCGUCCAGCACCUGAAAUUAAGGAGAUCAUUAAGGAAUCUCAAGCAGAAUCUGGCAUCAUGCCAAAUGGCAAGCCUUUGGCAAUGACCGAUAAAGAUAUUGUGGAGAUGAUAAUGUUCCCAGUGGUCAACGAAGCCUGCCGCGUGUUGGCAGAGAAGAUUGUGGUGCAAGCCUCUGAUUUAGAUAUUGCCUCUGUUCUUGGAAUGGGUUUCCCCCCAUACAGAGGUGGCAUAGUUUGCUGGGCUGAUAUAGUUGGAGCCAAGUAUAUUUGUUCGAGGCUAGAUACUUGGGCAAGGGCCUACGGUGGCUUCUUCAAGCCCUGCGCAUUUCUGGAAGAGCGUGCUGCGAGUGGUGUAAGACUGAGCGCCCCAAUUAACGACACCAAGUCUCGCCUGUAAAUUGUGCCUAUGGCACUACUUCGAGAUCUAGUUACAAAUAUUUAGACAAGUCGGCAUUUAUGUAGUUAGCUACCAGCAAGUAUGACCAUGUUUAUAUGGUUGGUGUAAUGGUUCUAUUAUUCAAUGCAAUGGCAAAAAAUUACCAUUACGGGAACAGGA